GCGGGGACAUUGUCUGGCUCAAUAUGACGCGCGUUAUCUGGACGUCGGAUACAGUUCUUAGAUACCGCCCCUAUCAAAGCCACUGGGAGAGUUCAGGACUUGCGAUUCUCGCAGGACGCAAAAUAAAGUGCGUUAUUUGGGCUGCGUUGGAGUUACUGCUGACAUCCCACGCAAGAAGGAAAAGCUCAAACGAAGCAUCUAUUACCCUUCAGCGGAUCAGCGCAAGAAUGCGUCCAAUCCUGAUCCUCACGCUUCUAGUCUCAAGCCUGGCACUGAGCAAGGGCAACGCCAGUCACAAGCGCGUCCGCUUGGUGCCGCCUGCCAACCUGUCCGUCACGUGCCCCAGCUCCGCGUUCUCGAGGCCGAGUUUCACCCUCUGGUACUACCCCAAUGGCACGUUCAUCGAGACCAGAGACAGGGUGAUGGUCAACGAGGAAACGGGCGCUCUGUUCAUCCAGGACCUGACCAACGACGACUGCGGCUUGUACUAUUGCACGUCCCUGGCGGACGGAGGCGGUCCCGGUAGAUCUGCCGGACUCACAUUCGUGGAAGUCUACACCGUCGAAUCUAAGCCUUACUUGGAUAGGGCGUUUGCCGGCGGUGUGGCUGCCCUCUGCGUACUUACGACGGCGGUUUUCAUAGCGCUGGUUGUUAGGUUUAGAUAUCGAAGCGAAGAGGAGAAGAAAAAAACCGUUCUUCCUGUGGUCUCGAGGACGAAUGUAGGUUACGAUCAUACAGAAAGUUCUACGUCUUUUUAGUCUUUGUUUUCGGGAGGGCUCGGCCAUGUUGAAAUAAAAGAUGAUUAU